UUUGUUUCGGAAGGACAACUGUUUGGAACAAUUUUUCUGCUUUGUCACGUGAUAUACAACAGCCAAUCACCGUAGAUCACUUUGGGGUUAACAUGUAAAGGGAAAACUGGUUCUCUACUACAAACACGAAGGUUACCAAAAUUAGUUAUUUUUAGCGUAGUUGGCGACACAUUAAUUAAAUCGUCUGCUUGUGAUUCUGUGACAAUACACAGAUAGAAGCAAUUCUGGGAGCGAAGUAAACACGGCCAUCAAACGCUAUGUCGAAUUCAAAAGAACGUUUCAUUUUAGGAGCGUCUAUAUUUGCAGCUGCUUUCCUCAUCAAGAAAAAAAGAAAGGCUAAAAGAAAAACAUGGGCAAGACAAUGGCUGUUGAGACGUAAAACGCUGGGCUGCUAUGAAAAUUUAAUGCGUGAACUGGCAUUAGAGGACACUGAAGGCUAUCGAAGAUGGCUGCGGAUGGAUACUGCAACAUUUGAGGAAAUUUUAAGCCUGGUUUCGCCAAUAAUAUCUAAACAAGAUACACAAAUGAGAUUAUCUAUACCAGCUGGAGAAAGGUUAUCACUAACUCUUCGAUUUCUAGCCACAGGAGAAACUCGGAGCUCAUUGGCAUAUCAGUUUAGAAUUGCUCAAAAUACUAUCUCGGGUAUCUUGCCAGCUGUGUGUAAAGCGCUGUAUGAUGUCUUGAAAGCUGAAUACAUGGACACGCCUACGUCAAACAAGCAUUGGGAAGAAAUCGCUACAGAUUUUUAUAAGUGGAAUUUUUUAAGUGGAAUUUUCCAAUGUGUUUUGGUGCCCUAGAUGGCAAGCACAUUAAAAUUAAACCACCACCUGGUUCUGGUUCAACGUACUAUAACUAUAAGGGUGAUUUUAGUAUUGUCUUACUUGCACUGGUUGAUGCUAACUUAAAAUUCAUAUAUGUUGAUGUAGGAACGAAUGG